AUGCGACGAGCAACCCACCGGUCGACGGCCCUCUCCGUCGUUGCGCUCCUUGCGGCCACACCUCUACCGACAUAUGCUUCGCCAUUCCCUACCCAGUCGCCCAGUCCCAAUAUCCUCAUACACCGCGACUGCCCCAAUCCUUGUGGUUUCUACGGCCAGGUGUGCUGUCAGCAGUCCGAAGAAUGCUACACGAAUUCCGACGGCCAAGCUGCAUGCAGAUCCGCUUCCAAGGGCGAGUGGGAGUACUUCACGACGAUAUACACUCGGACAGAUCUCGUGGUGGUCACCUCGACAGGCAGUCGCGCCGCCUCCCCGACCUCGCCCGGAGACACGCAAUGCAGAAUUUCCCUGGGUGAGACUCCGUGCGGGGAUACCUGCUGCACUGCCGCAGAAACAUGCAAUGCAAAGGGCGUCUGUGUCGAAGGAGGCAGUUCCCCAUUUCCUUCGGCUAGCCCGCCAACGAGACCGACCAGCGACGCGACCGUGACGGCCACAAAGGCACCAACCACGACCGUUGGCUUUAUCCCAGCCAUCAGCACCGACGGGAGCACCUUGAUCGGCGGAAUCACCCACGGCAGCGGCGGGCUCAGCGGCGGGGCGAUCGCAGGUAUCGUGAUCGGGUCUCUUGCGGGGGCGUUUGUGCUGCUGCUGCUCUGCCUCUGUUUCUGCGUCGGAAGCAUCGCCAGUCGCAUCCGCGGCGUGUUCGGUGGUGGGCGUCCACAUCCACCGUCAACCGUCUACUCCUCGUCUUACAUGUAUUCGGCUUCUGAGAGCGGCGGCGGGCAUGGAGGCUGGCACGGAGGACAGCCACCGUCGGAGCACGGGAAGUCUGGAUGGGCUAAGUGGUUGAGCAUUGGAUUCCUCGCUGGAGCGAUUGCAUUGUGCUUGGGCUUAAGGAGACAGAGAGCGGAAAGGUCUGAGAAGAGUUAUUAUUCGUACUACACCGCGUCGUCGUCCGAGAGCAGCUCGAGUAGCCCCUCUAGCGGCCGUCCACCACGCAGCGGUCACCAUCCGCCACGCAGCCAUCGAGGAUACCCGAGUGACCGUGGCUCCAGAAGACAUGGAUCGCAUUGAGGCGAGUUACACCACCGCUACUGGACAAAACAGUGUCUCGAUCAACGCCUCACCGAACUACUUCCAAGAUUUCCCCCCCCCUUUUUUUUUUUUUUUUGCUUUGUUCCCCUCUCCCCCGUUCUUUCAAAAAACGAAACCCUUUUCUCUAACGACAGUAAUGAUCCGACCUGGGAUAAUGUGGAUUGGCUCUGGGAUUUGCGCAUGGACGUUUUUGUUUCGCUUUCCAAGUAUCUUCUGGGAGUUAUGUGGUGUUAGAUCUGGCCAGCAGCCAUUAUUUUACGUCGAGUUGACGAUGACAGCCUGUGGGCGGAUUGAAUGUGCUAUAAAGGAUAUUAGACGAUGGACAUAUUGGCACCAGAAAGUCGCAAGGAGGCUUCAGGGCCAUCGCAUGAUGGAUUUCAAUGGAUGUAUGAUGUUACGCUUGAUGGAUCUCGCUGGUAAUUAAAGGCUGCAUUCCUGUACAUACAUAGUAGUAGUUAUACGAACAUAAUGACGUUGGUUCGAUCAAGC